ACAAUAUAAAUUUCCAUUGCAAGUCCGUUCAAUGCAUUUACAUUUGCAAAAGUUUGCAAAAAGCAUUGCAUUUGCAAAAAAAUCUCCAAGUCUCGGACAAUUGUUUCUACUCUCCUGCAUUAUGUAAAGGGGUAAACUUUUCUGACAUCCGAGCCUUCGAUUAUGCAUGCGAUCGAAUCACGGAUUAGCUAAUCGCACAACUCGGCUCGUGUACGCACGACCGACGCGCGGUCGUGGUUAGUUACACGACGUACUUCUUUCCAGCAAUACUCUUUUUUUCUUUUUCUUCAGCGUGUGAUUCUUUUUCUCCUUUUGUUGGCCACGUGCAUUUGGUGGCUCAGCAACGUGCCGUCGUGCAUGCCGCUCGCACACCUGCGAUUGGUCGUAAGACAGGGGCUCGACCGAGGCUCUCGCUUAAAAAUAAAUUAACACUCGUCUGCGCGAGAGCACGACUUAAAUUCAAUCGGCCAGUGUACUACGGAAUUGAAGCCGUGGCCGAAGCGGCCGACGACGUGCCGAUUUAUUGCGUAUGAAAUACAUAGAAUAACGCGUGCGCCGAAUAACUGAUAACCAUCGUCGUCAUUGCACGUUAAGAUUAAUACUUAUCGUAUUCGUUCGCUUCUCCUUCGUGUGGAGAUUUCACUGUCCGCUCGCUCGCUCGCUCAACUAGCGAGUCGUGAUGACGCGUGAUCGACAGCACGUGCGGGUGCAACGUUUCAUGUAAGUGUAUCGUGAAAUCGAUCCCCAACAGUGCUCCCGGCGUAAUCUCUAAUGCGCUUCUAAUGCGCCGCAAGAACCAGCCGUGGACACGGUCGACUGUGUCAACGUCGAACAUAACCUCCAAUAAUCUUCGGGCCUUAUGUGGUCGUGCGCUACGUACGCAUGUACAUACGUAACACGCUUUCUUCUGCGUCGUUUUUCGCCGCUUCGCGCUUCGUAUCACGUUCACGUGUUCGAUCUUUCCGAUAUUUUGCUGCAGUUUAUUUCGCGAAGUGCGAGACUUGAGUGUGCGACGAGAGCUCGCGAGUGAUCGUGGAGAGUUUUGAUGUAUCGCAACCACGCGGUCGAUAUCUGCCUCUCUUCCUCGUCUUGGAUAACGCAAUAGCGAAGAACGUUCUCGACGAUGAAGCAAGAUGAUUAAGGAAUGCUGUCAGUUACAAACGGUGAUAAGAUCGCCUAUAAUCAAGGGAUGUCGCUUAGGAAAAAGACGUAGGUGAAAUGUCUCGCAGUCUGCCGGACAGGGUGGCGGGGCUUUAUUAUGCCCAUGGCCUACUCUGCUCUUCCCAUCCUAUAAUCUUGCUCUCGGUCGCAAUAUCGGGGUUGCUAGUAUGCUGUUAUCCGCUCCUGAAUUUGCCCAUGCCGGGCAAUGCUCCGAAAACUAUAAUAAACAACACUGUCAUACCAGUCAACGGCACAGAAACAUCAGUAUUGUACGUUCAACAAGUAGUGCUAAGAGUUGGUGUGAUGCCGUGGAGCGAAGACCUAACAUUGAUGGAUGCCUUCAGAGGGCCUCUCUACGAAGUGUUCAAUCUCUUGGAGAUCAUACAGAAUUAUCAACACCCAGAAACAUUGAAAACACUCGGCCAAGUAUGUUUGCACAUUGAAGCGGUGAAGAAAAGAAAUGGCAAGAAACCAGAAGUUUUACCGGAAUACAACUGUCUUGUCCUGUCGCCUGCAAAUCUCUGGCAACAAAGCUUAGAAUUAUUUUCUCAAGAUACAAAUCUCAUCAAUACUAUAUUUUCAUAUCAGAAUUUUCAGAGGGGUAAAAUAAGUCUUGCAGAAAUAAUGUUUGGAAUGAGUUUAAAAGAGACAGGAGUAAAAAGAUAUCCUGCUCGAAUUCGUCAGAGAAUUCUUCAAUACGCUGUGACCAUUUAUUUGAGAGAAUACGAUCACGAAUUUAUCAAGGGAUUACAACAUCGAUUAAGGACUUUUUACCAUCUUCAUCAAAAUGUCGACAAUAUCACGAAUGUGGAUACGCACGAUGAGAUGUUAAAUAUUUUUUAUCCCGGUGAAUUUAAUUACAGUGAAUUCUUCCCACUGAUGAUGACUUUCCUCGCCUUAUUUUUCUACGAAUACUUCCAAGUGCGAAAGAUAGAAUUGGUAAAGUCUAAAAUCGGUAUUGCGUUUAGUGCUGCAGUGACGGUGAUGGGUUCGCUGUCCAUGACCAUGGGCUUGUGUUUCUUUUUCGGUUGGACUGUGAAUAUGAGCGCCAAAGUGUUUCCGUACUUGGUAAUAAUUUUCGGCCUCGAGAACGUUCAGGUGUUGACCAAAAGUGUCGUAAGCACACCCGCUCAUCUGGACGUGAAGAUACGCGUCGCUCAAGCCUUAUCGAAGGAAGGCUGGUCUAUUACAAAGAAUCUAUUGAUGGAAAUGACGAUUCUCACUGUCGGAUUGUUCACCUUUGUGUACGCUAUUCAAGAAUUUUGCAUAUUUGCCAUUGUCGGAUUAAUGACCGACUUCUUUCUGCAAAUGGUAUUCUUCUCGCCUAUCCUGGCAAUCGACAUCAGACGAACGGAGCUGUCUAACGAGAACUCGAAAUUUCACAUAUCGCAUAUUCCAACAUUACGCAGGCAACAAUUCACUACUACUAUCACCAAUAGAAAACCUCAUAUAUUCCGCUCUAAGUCUCAUCCGCGAUUGAACGGUCUAUCGGCCGGUCCGACCAACGUCAUCGCUCCGAAUACGCAGAAUACGCACACGCUGGGCAAAAUUCCGAAACGUUUGAGAUUGGUGCACUUCUGGGCGCGAACGCGGAUCUUUCAGCGCGCGUUUAUGGUAGGGAUGGUCGUAUGGAUCAGCGUGACCAUCAACAAUUCCGGUAUUAUCGAGCAUGUGAUACACCUUAGCGAGACACUGAAGCCGGAAAGCGAUAUUGACGGAUAUACUAUAGAUAAGCCGCAAUUGUUGAGCAAUUAUGUUGAGCUAAAUACGGUGACACCUAUAUCCGUGUCAUCCGCAACUAUAGUGCCCGAUAAUUUGAACGAACAGGAUUUAACUAACAAUGCGACCGAAGAAUUGAACAAGCUAAAGCCUGUGGAUUUUCCACCAUGGAACAGCUUAUCGCUGUACCAUUGGUCUUCGAUUCUCUCGAUGUACAACGUGUCGAUUGCUGGUGGACGAGUGACUAUACUUCCAACUAUAAAAUUAUCGCAUGCCGUGAGCCCACAAGUAGCGAUACAAAUUAGCAAUCCGAAUGACGUUCAACAUUUUCAAUGGCAGAUCCUCGCUACCGCCGCGCUCGAUCCUUUAGACUUUUCCGAUAUGGAGGUGCCGUCCAGAUCAGAGGGUCGAGCAUUUAAUGCAGACGCGCCUUUUGUACCGUCGAGUCCGAUGGAGAUAUUUUUGGCCGCCGUGCUGUGUCUUAUUAGCGUGAUAGUGGUCGCUUACACGAUGGUUGUGCUUUACCGUUGCAUUUGCUCUAGAAAUUACGCGGAGUGGCGGGCGAGCUGGCACCAGCAGGAAAAAACGCACGAUUCCGUUACUCAGUUAGUGCUGGAGGCGGUGCCCUUGGUUUUGGAAGGACACAGUCAAGAAGUCGAGUGCAUCGCGACCGACAGUAAUACCAUCGCUAGCACGUGUCUAGCCGGACACAUCAGGAUAUGGGACUCGACAUCCGGCGAGCAACUCGCACAUAUCGACAGACGACAAUUCUUUAGCAGCCCGCAGAAAAACUUGAAUUCGACGUCGAUGGACACCGAUGAAUUGAUGUCAGAUUAUGAAAGUGGCUCUCCACCUUCCAGGGGGGAAAUGGAAGCCGCACAAUCGCUGGGAUUUUACUCGCCGGCCUCUGCGACACAUCAGGGAAGAUUAUCUCACACAUACAAUAUGCAAAGGGCUACUAGUUACAAUAAUAAUAACACUCACAAACGACGAUCUAUGGGAAACGCAUUAGAUUAUGAUUAUCAAAUCAACGAGCUCGGCAGUGACAAUAAGCAGAAGCUGUUUCGUCGCAGCUUGGACAGCGCUUACGAUCUGCCAGAUUUGAAACCGGAGAUCAAUAUGAAAUUCUCCUCCAUAAAAUAUACGCCCUCGCAAAAGAAUUACGAUCAAGGUUUCGACUUUGGCGAGCGAUAUAAAACCUUAAUGGAGCAACACAACAAAUCGAUCGAGGAGAUGCAAAAAUCAGAAACUAGAGAUAACGUCCCUCCUGGAAGAUUAAACAACUUAGGCAGCACAUCCUCUAUAAAUACUGAUCGCACGAUACAGACAUCGCACGGAAUAUCAGCGAUUUGGUGUAUGGAUUAUCAGGAAAAUCUCAUAGUAGUAGGAUGCGCUAAUGGUAGUCUAGAAUUCUGGGAGGGUACAACAGGUAGAUUUAAGUGUCUCUUUGAUGACGGAUCGGGACUUGGAAUUUCGGCCGUUAGACUCGUUGGUAGCAGAGUAGUGGCGGCUAAAUUGAAUGGAACUGUCGACUUCUUACAACUCGAGAGUGAAGGCCAGCAGAUUGAUUGCCGUUUCACGUCUUACAGAAGAACACACGUGCGAACGGGAAGUGCUGGUUCACCCAUGGACCUAAAUAAUAGUAUGCAAACGGAGGAAGACUUGCGUUGCAUGAAAAUUGGCUGUCACAGAGCGCAUCAACAAGCGAUCACCGUCUUGGAUAGCGAAGGUGGACGCGUACUAACGGGAAGUCAAGAUCACACCUUGAAAGUGUACAGGCUAGAAGAUCAACUGCCUUUGUACACGCUUCACGGGCAUUGCGGCCCGAUAUCGUGCCUAUUUAUCGACAGAAUAAGUCCCAACACAUCUGGCAGUGGGUCUCAAGAUGGAUUGCUAUGCGUGUGGGAUCUUCUAACAGGAGCAUGCAUGUAUAGCAUUCAAGCCCACGAUGGUGCUGUAGCCGCUAUCACUUGUGCGGUAUCGUAUGUUAUAAGUAUUGGAACGGACGAGAAACUAUGUGUCUGGGAACGUUUUCAAGGACACUUGUUACACACUUUACCGGCACAUAAAGCUGCUUACAGUUUACAAUUAGUGAUGUUAACGCAUCACCUCCUCAUAACCAGUAAUCAGGGAUCAUUAGUAGUGUGGGACGUAAGAAUGGGCGAACCCGUGCGAGAAGUGAGAUUGGGUCAUAAUGAUAGUUGCAUUUUCGUUAAGCAAAUGCUGGCACUGAGGGACAGUGUCGUUUGCGACUACGGCCGACAAUUGAGAAUAGUCAGAUUUCCACUGGUCUCUGAUAAAUUGGACUAAGUUCUUUGUAUGCGCGUGUACAUACAUACUCGAAAGAGUGCAUAAGUUCACAUUCUCUGACCAUCCGUACCAUAGAAUGUACAGCUUUCGUACAAUCGAUACAUGUCUCUACGGGAAUAUAUUUUUUAUCUGUAAAACACAUUAAUCAUAUUGUCUCUUCGUUUUUUAUGCCACCGACAUAUGAUGAUAUUAAAACUGGAGAAAUCAAUUGAAAAAAUGAAAAUUGUGGAGUUACAGCACUACGUGUAUUCCUUAUUUACAAUUUUUUUAAUCGAUUGACCUUCAGAGACGAUUCUUUUUUAGUUUUAAAGAAUUUAAAACAAUUAUAGUGGUCUUUUGUUUAGUAUUUUCUAAUAUGCAUAGUGGCUGUGCUCCAUUUUGGAACGUCUAUUAACUUUUUGUUAUAUAGUAUAAAAAAGCGCGUCAACUCUGUUUAAACUAUCUUUUUUAAUGUUUUAAUAAAAAGUAACAUCAUAAUAGUAUAUAUGCAUUUGUUAAACUGGCAUUGUUUU